UCUGGUACAAUCGCCACGUAACAUGCAGAUAUUACCGGCUCAAUAAGAAAGCAAGAAAAAAAAAUUCCCAUAUUCAAUUCUAUCUUCUCAAUCCAUGGAUUGCAUCGCAUUUUUUCCUCAGAUUUUCUUCAAUUCAAGGGCUUUAUAUUGUAGUCCGAAUUUUGCUGGAAUACGUAGAAAUAAACCGUUGAAGUACAGUUGCUGGGCUCUGGGAUCAUCUGGAGAUUUUUCUGAUGAAGGCUUAUUCAAGAUUGAAGAAAAGUUAAAUGGAUCAUCAUUUGAGGCGUUUAUUGAUUCUUCCUCGGCAAGUUUUGGAACUUUAGAUGCAGAAAUUACUCCGGAAAUAGCUGAUUUUUUUGUUAGUGAUGCAGAGGGUGAUCCUGACUGUCCAUCUGCUGGAUAUUCUUCAAUCGAACAAGCUCUUGCCGCAUUGCGCCAAGGCAAGUUUGUGAUUGUUGUAGAUGAAAAUGAAGAUGUUGAAGGAAAUCUUGUUAUGGCAGCUUCUUAUGUGAGUUCUAAGGCUGUUGCAUUUAUGAUUAAGCAUGGUUCAGGGAUAGUUUCUGUAGGCAUGAAGGAAGAGGAUCUUGAGAGAUUAAAUCUCCCUUUGAUGUCCCCUGAAAAAGAAGAUGAUUCAUCAGCUCCCUCAUUUACAAUCACAGUGGAUGCUAAAGUGGGAACAUCUACUGGUGUAUCGGCAUCAGACAGGGCAAAAACAGUCCUUGCUCUUUCUUCUCCAAACUCUAGACCAGAGGAUUUCAAUAAACCGGGACAUGUUUUUCCCCUCAAGUACAGAAAUGGAGGCGUUCUUCGAAGAUGUGGUCAUACAGAGGCUUCUGUGGAUCUGGUUAUGCUGGCUGGUCUGCAGGCCGUCUCUGUUCUCUCGGCUAUAGUGGAUAAAGAGGAUGGAUCUAUGGCUAGCAUGCUCAAUCUAAGAAAGAUGGCUUUGGACCAUAGCAUUCCUAUCAUAUCAAUUACUGAUCUUAUCAGGUAUAGGAGAAAGAGGGAAAAACUGGUUGAAAGAACUGCGAUUUCACGCUUGCCAACUAAAUGGGGUUUGUUUCAGGCUUACUGCUAUCGUUCAAAACUUGAUGGAAUGGAGCAUAUUGCCAUUGUAAAGGGAGAUAUUGGAAAUGGACAAGAUGUACUAGUAAGGGUUCACUCAGAAUGUUUGACUGGGGACAUUUUUGGAUCGAGGCGAUGUGAUUGUGGCAACCAGUUAGAUUUGGCAAUGCAGUUAAUCGAGAAAGCUGGUAGAGGUGUAAUAGUUUAUCUUCGGGGCCAUGAAGGACGGGGAAUUGGACUUGGUCACAAACUUCAGGCUUAUAACUUGCAGGACAAAGGCCAUGACACUGUCGAAGCAAACCUAGAGCUCGGUUUUGCAGCAGAUGCACGUGACUAUGGAAUUGGUGCCCAGAUAUUAAGGGACAUAGGAAUUCGAACCAUUCGCCUGAUGACAAACAACCCGGCCAAGUUCACUGGUCUAAAGGGCUACGGUUUGGCAGUUGUUGGACGGGUUCCAGUGCUGACCCCUAUCACAGAGGAAAACAAGAGGUAUCUUGAAGCGAAACGAAUAAAGAUGGGCCACAUAUAUGGAUCUGAUCUACAAGGAUCAUUACCCGAACCCCUCAUCAAACCAAGUAUAGAUGAUAAACCAGAACAAUGGCACCUGAUCUGAUCAUUUUGUAUAAUGAGGUGCUCAAUCCUCAGUAUAUAAUUCAGAGUUGGGAGUCCAUGUUCCUUUUUUCCCUGAAUUUCAUAUGGGGUUUAUUCAAACACUACAUUCAUCUUUCGAGAGAUGCUACAGGUAUAGAAAUCUUUUACAGUUAUUUUUUGACAGAUUGUCAUCUGGCAAGUAUUCAUUGGAUGUUGUACACAACAAAUUUAAACCAACCAAUGCAGUGUUGCCAUCUCAUCAUAAGCAAUGCUUUCUAUCAUUUUCAUCUGUA